AUGUUUGAUUGGAAAAGUUGUGGAUUUUGUGGAACUGACAUCCACCUAAUGGACGAUGGUCGUAUGGCAGACUUUAUUGUUACGGAGCCUCUGGUGAUAGGACAUGAGACUUCUGCCCGAGUCAUAGCCGUUGGCAAAAACGUAACAAACUUGAAAGUUGGAGACCGAGUGGCCGUCGAAACAGCCAUUCCCUGUCAGACGUGCGAGUAUUGUCGCGACGGGAAAUACAAUUUGUGUCCCAUUUCUAACACUCAGGCCAGGGCAUGGAUGUCUUCGACGCUAUUACGCACAUCCGUCCGAUUUCUUAUUCAAGAGUGCGAGUACUGUCGCGACGGAAAAUACAAUUUGUGUCCCAUUUCUAACACUCAGGCCAGGGGUCUGCCGCCAAAGCAUGGAUGUCUUCGACGCUAUUACGCACAUCCGUCCGAUUUCUUAUUCAAACUGCCGGACAGCGUGUCGUGGGAAGAGGGGGCGAUGUGUGAGCCCUUCUCCUCAUAUCAGGUGCGGACGUCUGCUGAGUUGUAUUCGCGGCCAGUCUUGCAUAACCAAACGCCCCGGCCACGCUACCCUUACUACCGGAAAAACACGCGAUUCCGAAAGCCACGGUUGUUUCACAAAUAUACAGAUCUGAACAAAAUUCGUUUAGCAUUGGCCGAUAAAUUAGGUGUCGAUAAGUCCUAUGCAAUCGAUCCCAAGACUUUCAAUGACGUGGAAAUGGCGCAGACUAUCAUCAAAGACAUGGGAUGUAAUCCUGAUAUU